UACAAUGUUUUAAUUACAGUAACUUGAGUUACUGUAAUCACAGAAUUGUAAUGGCAAUUAUCCAUAUCUGUUUAUUGCUCAUUUUCAUCAUAUAUGUUGCAAGACCAGAUGAAAUAAAAUGUCCGGUUGAGUUUUGUAAAUGUACGAAUUUCGAAGCAAUCUGCUCUGGUAAAUAUCUUACUUAUAUUCCACGUUUACCAAGAAAUAUUCGCAAAGUUACUUUUCAUAAUGGAAAUAUUGGAACAUUAUCUGAAGGAAAGAUCACAAACCUAACUUUCAAUGUUAUUGAUACGCUUAGAUUUAUCAACAAUAACAUUGUUCGACUUCAACCUGACACAUUUUCUACUUUCAUGACAAUAAAAGCAUUGACCAUCUCAUCCGAACCAGCAUUGCUAGCAAGAGAUGUAAUGAAUAUUUUGAACAAUAUGAAAACUGAACAUGUGAAGUCACUCAACAUAUCAGACAACGAUUGGAGUUUUCUUCCAGAUGACAUGUUUAAGGCAAUAAAAAAGAAUAGAAUUCAAUAUAUUAACCUCAAAAGAAAUAGUCUUCGGCUGUUAAAUUUCUCAUGGUUUUCAAAUAUGCCUGACUUGCGUUUUUUGAAAGUCAGUUUUAAUAAAAUUGCAACAAUUUUACUAGAUAGUAUUCCCAACCUGAAAUCACUUAAUCUCGACAGUAAUGAAAUAACAAACUUUCCAAACUUCUGUAUAAAUCAUGGUAAUAAGAGUGCACUUCCAAAUUUAAGAAAGUUAUCCCUUAGCAAUAAUAGAAUUGGAUAUGUUGGAGAAUUUCGAUGUUUUCUGAGGCUUUACUCUUUAACAAUUGACGACAAUUCGAUCGAUAGAAUUGACUACAAUACUUUUGCAGAAUUACAAAAAUUAACUAAUCUCAGUCUACAAGCUACAGGAAAACCUUUGAAAAAAAUUGAAGAUGGUGCUUUUAAUUUACCGUCAUUACAAAUGUUAUCGCUCCGUAAUUGUCGUUUCCAUUUUGAUCGUCUAUUACCGUCGGCACAAAGAAGUAUGCUUUCAAAUUGCAAUGAUAUAAAAUUCCUUGAUCUUAGUUGGAAUUAUAUAAAAUCAUCAAUCAUUUUGGCAAGGAUGAUAUCACAAUUGCAACAAUUAAGAUAUCUUAAUUUGGAAAACACUAGGCUUAGCUUUUCGCCUAGCAACGUUUUUCCUGAACUACCAAUCAUUGAAACACUUAUCAUGCGCAUGAAUCGAAUAUAUGGAUGGAACAGAGAUGUGUUUGCUCAUGUGACAUCUCUACAAUAUCUAGAUCUACGCCAUAAUUUGAUAAAUAUAAUAAACGAAUCAUCUUUUCCAACUUCGUUACUUAAAAAUUUGAAAAAGAUUGGUCUAGGAACAAAUCCAUUUGCUUGUACUUGUGAACAGAUAUGGUUUGUCACUUGGUUACGGCAUACUAAUAUAACGCUUUUAGAAUACCCAAAACAAUAUUUUUGUUCUACACCAGACAAUUAUAAGGGAAAAUUGCUGAAAGAUUACAAGCCUUCAUAUUUGUCGUGCAACUCAAUCGUAACGAUUGUUAUUUCAAUGUCUGCAUUCAUUUGCCUGUUCAUAUCGAUUAUGACACUUUUCUUGAAAUGUAAUACAAAUAUUAAGAAUUUGUUAUACCUUCUCAAAGUUAAACAGUUUAGACGACAUGGUUAUCUUCCUAUUUCCAAUAGCGCUGAUUAUGAAUAUCACGCUUUUGUUGUUUACUGUGAUGAAAACCGAAUGUGGGUUCAUAACGACUUUGUUAAAAAACUCGAAAAUGAAGAGGGAUUUAAGUUUUGCAUUCAUCACAGAGACUUUGAUGUAGGAGAAUCUAUCAGUGGAAACGUUGAUAAAUAUCUUAAAAAGUCGUGGAAGGUCGUUGUUAUUAUUUCAAAUGCAUUUGCUAAAAGUGAAUGGUGCCAGUGGGAGGUCGAUAUAGUUCAGGAGAGAAGACGUCGACAAGGCAGAAAUGCACUCCUGCUAGUAAUGCUUGAAAAUGUCACCUCGAAAAACAUGACAAGUCCUCUGCGUACUUUAUUAGACAGCACUCCUCAUCUGAGGUACAAAAAAGGAAACGGUGAAAAUUUAUUUUGGACUGCAGUAAUUGAAGAUCUUCAAAAAGCCGUCGGACAACCCCCCGUUUCUGAAUUAUAGAAUAUACUUGAACUUAUUUGUGCCAAUGUCAAACUAUGUCUAUAAAUCGUUUUUGUUUUUUAUCUCUCAAUUAAGUCUUAGUUACUGCAUGCGUUUUUGGUCAAUUUAUUCUUUUAUCAACUUUCAUAUAAAAUCAUUUUGCAUGUUUCAUAGAUAUUACUUUUGCAAUUAUGUUUGCUUCAACAUUUGUACAUGUUGUAAAUAUUUACCGAAUAAAAAAGUUGUUCUCAU